UUUUUUUUUUUUUUUGAGUGAAAAUAACUUUUUCUUUUUUGGUAGAAGAGUGAAAAUUACUAAAUAAUUUGAUUUUAUUUCAAUUUAUACAUUAUAUACUGAUUCGAACCAAAUUUAAACUCUAACCAAACAAAUCAGAUCCGAAGCGAUUGACACCUUGGCGAUGCAGUGGGUGGCAGGGUUUUCCAGGGUUUGGUUGUUAAUCCAUCAACGCGAUUAAUUAGUAAAACCCAUACUCUUUUGCUUCCCUCUUUCAAACGUCUUCCCCCAUCUCUCUUCCCCCUCUGCCCUCUGGCUCUCUGUGUGGUUUUAGGAUUCUCUGACUAAGAAGACACUGUGCUGUUGCAGAGAAUCAAACGUGUUCGAGCUUCACGCAGGGCAGCAUAAAAGCAAUGGAACAAAUAGAUCAGAUGGUAGAGACUGGAUGGUUACUGAAGACGCAUGGAUCACGGAGACUAAUUUUCCUCGAAGGCGCAUGUAACUGCCUCACUUGUAACAAGUCAAAUGCUUCACAUGCGAUGGCUUAUCAUAAUGUUGCAGGUCCCAAUUUUAUUAUUCAGCUAUGAAUGAAGUAAGAUGUGUUUAAAUGUUCCAUCCCUGCAAACCAACUUUCCCAAACAGAAGCAACCGUAUUGUUUUGCUGUCAUUGCUACUUUCUCAACUCAGUGAAUCUACACAAGCCCUCCUCACCAUCAAACGCUCUUCUCACCAACAAGCUACCAGAACCUCUUCGUCACCAUCACAAGACUCCCUUCUCCACAUUACAAAGCUCAUCUUGAAAAGCAAACCAGAAACCCUAACCAAAACACUAGAAAAUUGUGAUGUACAGUGGUCCCCUGAUGUUGUUGAUCGAGUCCUGAAACAGCUCUGGAAUGAUGGUCCCAAGGCUCUUCAGUUCUUUGAGUCCCUUGAUCGCCUUCCAAACUACAAACAUUCCACCUCCACCUUUGAUCAUGCCAUUGACAUUACUGGCCGACUGCAUGACUACAGGGCCCUUUGGACCCUCCUCUCUCGAAUGCGCCGGCGUCGUCUUGGUCCAACCCCUAAAACCUUCGCUAUCAUCACCGAGAGGUAUGUGUCAGCAGGUAAAGCAGAUCGAGCAGUUAAGAUUUUUCUAUCAAUGCAUGAACACGGCUGUCCUCAGGACCUGUCAUCCUUUAACACCUUCCUCGAUGUGCUUUGCAAGUCCAAGCGUGUUGAGAUGGCAUGCUCACUCUUUAAGGUUUUCAAGCGGAGGUUUAGGGCCGACACUAUUACUUACAACAUAAUUGCUAGUGGUUGGUGUUUGAUAAAGAGAACACCCAAGGCAUUGGAAGUUUUGAAGGAGAUGGUGGAGAGUGGUUUAAGUCCAACCCUUGCAACGUACAAUAUAUUGCUCAAUGGGUUCUUCAGGGCUGGGCAGAUCAAAGAAGCUUGGGAAUUUUUCUCCCAGAUGAAGAAGAGAGGAUGCAAGCCUGACGUUGUUACUUACACUACAGUCAUUCAUGGGUUUGGUAUUGCAGGCGAGAUCGAGAAGGCCAAAAAGGUUUUUAGGCAAAUGGUGGGAGAGGGUUGUCUUCCUUCAGUUGCUACUUAUAAUGCAUUGAUUCAGGUUUUGUGCAAGAAGGAUAGUGUGGAGAAUGCCAUUAUGAUUUUUGAGAAGAUGGUGAGUAAGGGUUAUUUACCCAACGUGACUACUUAUAAUGUUGUCAUUAGAGGACUCUGCCAUGCUUCACAGAUAGAUAGAGCCAUGGACUUUAUGGAAAGAAUGAAGAAUGAUGAUUGUGAGCCAAAUGUGCAGACAUACAAUGUUGUCAUUCGUUACUUAAGCAAUGCUGGAGAGAUUGACAAGUGCUUGGAUGUUUUUAGGAAAAUGGAUGGUGGGAAUUGCUUGCCAAAUUUGGAUACAUACAACAUUUUAAUAAGUGCUAUGUUUGUGAGAAAGAAGUCCGAAGAUUUGGUGGUUUCAGGUAAGUUGUUGAUGGAGAUGGUAGAUAGAGGAUUUAUGCCUCGCAAGUUCACUUUCAACCGGGUCGUGAAUGGGCUUUUGCUGACUGGAAAUCAGGGGUUUGCUAAAGAAAUUUUGAGAGCUCAGAGCAUGUAUGGUCAUCUUCCUUGUCAAUUCAAAUUGUGAAACCGAUUUGUUGAUUAGCUCGGAACUGGAAUGACACUGCAUGGAAUUCUAUUAAAUUAUUACCCUGUAAACUUUAUCUUAAAUGCUUAUGGUGAAAUUGAGAUUGAAUUUGGAGGCCUCUUUCUGAAUCA